UGCAACUGGCUGAGCCGACAAGAUGAAGCCCGGCUCCCCGACCCAGGCGCGCAGAGGUGAGGACGGGCUGGAGGGUCACCGUCGGUGCCCGGGGCUGCCGUGACGUGACGUUAAGUGGAGAGAUGCGCAGAUGUUCGCCAAACACAAAAGUGACAGAUGAAGUUGAUUGUAGUCCAGUGAAGAACAUGAGUCCUGAAAGUGAACCUGACUCUAACCAGUCAGAUGAAGAAACCAGUGACUCACCUUUGGAUCUGGGAGCAGCUGGGGAUUCACCAAUAUUUAGCAGGACUCGCUCUCGCACCUCAGGGAUAGAAUUCUCACAGAAUCAAAAUCUCCAACAGCCUAACUUAAGCAGAAGACCGCUUCGUUCAUCUCGAGGUCAAAAGGAUGAUGUAACUGCAUCAAACAAAGUUAAUACUAAGCGUGUACCUCCAGUACUGCCUUGCACUGAGCCUUCCCCAAAGAAAGAUGAAAGAAGCAGAGGACUUGCACAGGAAGGGAGUGCCGAUACCUCAAACAGGAGUGUGAUCUUCAUUCUAAUGAUUGUAGCGGUGGUUUUCUCUGUGUUGUUCCUGAUGAGUAAGCCCCAGUCUGUUACUUUGGUGAAAAGAACAAAGCUAACUGUAUUUUUAGACAAGUUUGAGCAGGUUCAGGCCCUGUUCUACGGGCAGCAGUCAGCACUGUGGAAGAGAAGCAGGAUCACACUGUGCAACCACAUUAAUCUGACCCGGCAUGAGAAACCUGCCAUCCUGAUGUUUGUAGCUGCAUCGGAUGGGCAGAAGACCAUGAGGUGCCUCACUCAUCGGAUUGCAGAUGCUUACUCCGCAGCCCUCAAUGCUACUGCAGCGGUGGAAGUCAACGCAACUGUUAGUAGUGGCCAAAACAGUGAUGGUGUGAAACUGGAGGUGGACACCCAGCUGUCAUCUGGGUUUGACAAAGGCAGCAAGGUAGCGGUCAUUCACCACUUCCAGGAUCUUCCCCCAUUGUCCACCCUGAUCUUCUACAAGUACUGUGACCAUGAGAACGCAGCCUAUAAGGCAGUUGCCCUGCUGAUCACUAUUCUCCUGGAUGAGGAGAAAUUGGCACCAGACAUUAGCCUGAAAGUCUUAGAAAUGAAGGUCCGUGACUUUCUGAUAAGGAGGUUUUCUGCUUCUGAAGGUAGUCAAGGCAUGGACACUGACAAACUGAGCGGCCUGUGGAGUCGCAUUGCCCAUGUUGUGCUUCCAGUGGCACCAGUUCGUGAGAUAGAGGAAGGAGGUUGUGUUUUGAAAGGGCACUGAAAGUGAUCCAUGGGAAGUGAAGUCAAAGGGAAGUUUAAACACUUGCAUUUGGUUGCCUUUUCCUCAUCCGUAAUCUCCCUCCUCCUGUUUCCUCUCCACCUGUUUCUGUCAGGUGUACAAGUACAGAAAUCUCAAAUGAUGAGUCAUGGGUGAGGGAGGCUGAUCCCAGUCAGAAAUGUAUCACUGAACAGGAAUGCAAACACCGAAGUAGAAACCUCUCGUCAACAAGAAUAGAUAUCGCCUUCUGUUUUUACUGGAAAGGACAGUUUACAAAUCUUAAGUUAGAAACAAAUUAAAAUUGUGAUAUUAUGUGUUAAAAUAUUAAUUGGCUACUUUGUGUUGUAACAAAAAAGGAGGUUCUAUAUGCACAGACCCUCCCACUUUCCUAAUUCAUAAUGCACUAUUUCAUCCGAUGUACCAUGAGCUGAGUCUUGCAUUAGACAGUUUGGUUGGGGCCCUCAUGCCGGUGAUGAGCAUCCAUUUAAUGCCAAGUUUUACUUGUGUGGUGAUGGCUAGUUGUUGUAUCACAGCAUUAAAGACCAUCUCAACUAAUAUGCAGUGAUUUAAAAUAGAAAUAUGGAUAUAGGUGAUAUUGGACACACUAGCAGCUGAUGUGAAUGAUUUGGUGGGUCAGCUAGCUUUUCAUUUGGGUUGGAUGCAUGAAAUAGAUUAAGGAACAGAUUUAAAAAAAGGGCAAGAUGGAUAGACCUUUCCCCCACUUUGAUCCCAGAAAUAACCAUUGGCAGGAAGUAGAUCAACAGAGUUACUAGUUGUCAGUCAUACAAAAAGAGUUAUCUCACUAAUUGAAUACAAUGCUCAAUCAACCACUUCCAAUUCUUCUUGAAAUGGAGUUGAGCAGAGUGGAGUGCAGAUCAAACAGACUGUAAUAAGUAGACCACUGUUCAUUGAUAAGUCUUAAUUCUACUUAGAGAAUUAGGAAUCCUCCUAAAGCCCCAACUUCAUGUUGUGACUUACGAACUCUGCCAAUAAUUAUAUAAUCCAGAGGUAAUGCGUGAACUGUUAGUUCCCAUCUCCCUUCCCACCACACCAACCACUCUCCUCUCCCACUUCUAAACCCCCAGGAAAAGUCAAUAGCUUAAUGGUUUUAUUUUUGCAGCACUAUGAAUGUAACCCUUUGCUUGAUCAUGUUUUAUGUCAUGUCUGCACGUGCCUUAAGUUGAAUGGGAAUUGGUGGCAAUGGUUGAUUAGACAGGGUGGGGUUGCCAGCAAUAUUGAACUACAUGUUAAUUUUUCAUACAAGCUAAAUAUUUUGAAUCACAUUCAUGCUGUUUUAUUGAAUCCUGUUUAAACUUUCUCUACUACAUGGUAGUAUGAUUUCUGUAACAGCCUCUACAAAAUUAAGAGUAAUUUGUAUUUUUUUUAAAAAUCCAAAAGCUGGAAUUUUAAUUGCAAGUAUUACUAAUCUGUUUAACUUGAGCGGGCUUAAUUUUCUUUCCCCAAGAAAAAAACAGAAAAAAGAUUUAAAGCAAAUGUAGUAAAAUAACACUCAAAGGAACAGUCCUAUUUAGGCACUGGCUGCUUUGUUAAACCCAGCAAAUGUAUGGAGCAAAAUGUUGACCUGAAGACCAUCGCUAUAAAUCUUUUGUUUGUGGAAGUUCCCUGUCUUUCAAUUUCUUAGGACUUCUCAAAAUGCCUUGUACUAGAUUCAUUGUUGAAAGACAGUCAAUAAAUACACUAGAAAGUUUCACGGCAUGUAAUUUUGCUCCUUUUUAUUCAAACGUAGAAAUAAGAAUUCUAGUCUUAUGAUACCUUACCUCUAAAUGUGACAUCUACUUUUACGAUGACUGCAUUUUUGUGUAGUAAGAAUUUGUGUUAACAAAAAUAA